AUGUCCUCGGCUUCGACUACGCUUGAUCGCGCGCAGACGUUCCUCCUGGCGAAGGUGGCCGAGGAGGCAGAACGAUGGGAUGAUUCGAUCGCGAGCCUGAAGAGCAUCGUCUCGAUGGGUGCUCAGCUAUCGUCCGAGGAGCGUAAUCUCGUUUCUGUCGCGUACAAGAACAAGACCGGUACUCUACGCAACUCUUGGCGCGCUGUGGACACGCUCGAGAAACGCGAGGCUCAGAGCAGCCGCACUUCCCGCCGGUUGACUUUGAUCCGCAAAGCGCGCGGAGAUAUCGAGCGAGAGCUUGAACGCGCCUGUCAGGACGUGUUGAAUUUGAUCUCGGCGCAUCUGUUGCCGGCGGCAAGUCCUGGUGAGGAGCGGGUCUUCUACCAUAAGAUGCAAGGCGACUACUAUCGUUACUUGUACGAGUUCGCACCGAUCAAGGAGCGCGAGCGGUACGGUACAUUAUCUCUUGAAGCCUACAAGACCGCAUACAAACACGCUCUGGGAACGCUCGAGCCUUGGCAUCCUACACGUCUUGGCCUGGCGCUCAACUUCGCCGUCUAUUUCCGCGACGUCUGCGCCAGCCCUAUACGCGCGUGUCAUCUUGCGAAGCACGCUUUCGACGAGGCGAUCAACGCCUUGGUCAAGCUUCCGGAAGACACGUACAAGGACUCGCUCAUGAUCUUGCAACUUCUCCGCGACGAUCUCAUACUCUGGUCAUCAGAGAUCAAUCAGCAAGAUGGUAACGCCAACGGCGAAACUGCCUAG